CGAAUUCCAAAUCCACGCACUCUCUUGCAUAUUCUCCUCACAAGAUUCAGUCCUUUAAAAAUGGCGGCCACGUCCGACGAAAAGAAAGCAACCUUGAUCGACGGAAAAGCAAUUGCUCAAACUAUUCGAUCCGAAAUCGCCGAUGAAGUUCGUCUUCUCUCUGAUAAAUACGGAAAGGUCCCUGGAUUGGCUGUAGUCAUAGUGGGCAAUAGGAAGGAUUCUCAAAGUUAUGUGAAUAUGAAAAGAAAAGCGUGUGCUGAGGUGGGGAUCAAGUCCAUUGACGUAGACCUUCCUGAGCAAGUUUCCGAGCCUGAAUUGAUUGCCAAGGUUCAUGAAUUAAAUGAAAAUCCUGAAGUACAUGGGAUACUUGUUCAGCUUCCAUUGCCCAAACAUAUCAAUGAGGAAAAAAUUUUGAGCGAAAUUAGCAUUGAGAAAGAUGUAGAUGGUUUCCAUCCUUUGAACAUCGGAAAACUUGCAAUGAAAGGCAGAGAACCACUCUUCCAGCCUUGCACCCCUAAGGGUUGUCUUGAACUUCUGUCUCGAAGUGGAAUCAGUGUCAAAGGCAAGAAGGCUGUUGUUGUAGGUCGUAGUAAUAUUGUUGGUUUGCCAGUUUCACUUCUCCUUCUGAAAGCAGAUGCCACUGUCAGUAUUGUCCACUCUCGCACUACUGAUCCUGAAAACAUAAUACGUGAAGCUGACAUCGUCAUUGCAGCAGCAGGACAAGCCAUGAUGAUUAAAGGUGAAUGGAUAAAGCCAGGUGCUGCUGUUAUUGAUGUGGGAACAAACGCGGUGGAUGAUCCAAGUAAGAAGGCAGGUUAUCGACUGGUGGGGGAUGUUGACUUCCAUGAAGCGAGUAAAGUAGCAGGGUGGAUAACUCCAGUCCCUGGGGGUGUUGGUCCCAUGACUGUAGCCAUGUUACUGAGGAACACCGUAGAUGGUGCUAAGCGCGUGAUUGAACUAUGAUCAUUCCCUCCUUUCUCAAUAAGGCACGUCUCAUGCUAUUUCUCCUUUUAAGGGUUUAUAGGAAUUUCAUUGAUCUAUAAUAUGAUUCUAGUCUUUGCUUCUUUUGAUUUUUAUCAAUGUCAAUAUGAGUACAUGACUUACUGUUAAUUGUACUUUCUUGAUUUUGGAUCUCUGUUUGUUCGAAUCAAUUUCUUCAUUUUUUUUAAUGUUAUGUGGACUUGGUGUA